CUAAAGGAUCGGACAAACAGACAUAACAGAGCAUUCUCCUAUCAUCCACACAAUUAUAUCGAGAGGAAAAAAAAAGCUCCAUCUAUCUCUGACAUUUAUUUAAUUUCUUGAAAUAUUGUUCAAAAGAUUAACAUGUAACCGAAGAAAAUAGCCAAACAUAAAUUGUACGCGCAAAACUAACGGCCUAAUUCCAAUCCUAUAUAUAUUGAUGUCUUCUCUUGUAUCCCCUUUUUGUUUCAGAAACAUUUUAUUUGAAGGAAGAAGAAAAAGAUAUUGUGUUUUUAUUUAGUUUUGUUGAAUAUGCAAAUCAAGAAAUCGUUCUCUAUGAAUUCCCGUACAGGAAGAGAUUUGCAGAGAUACAAUCGUGGUUGCCGUCAAGUUGUUGGAUGCAUUCCAUAUAGAUGCAAAACGAGGGACCCAUCAUCAUGUGUUCAGGGCAGCCCUAUUGAUGAUUUGGAAUUUUUAUUGAUCAGCUCGCAGAAGAAUUCAAGAAUGAUGUUUCCUAAGGUUUCUGUAUAUCUUUCUAUAAUACAAUACAAUUCAAUAUUCAAUAUGUGGGAAAUGUAUCAUUCACCAAUUAAAAUGCAGGGUGGUUGGGAAAUUGAUGAAUCACUGGAAGAGGCAGCUUCAAGAGAGACCUUUGAAGAAGCUGGAGUGGUUGGUGAGGUUGUUGUUCAGGAAUAUUUAGGUACCUGGAGUUUCAAAAGCAAAAGCCAAGGCACAUUUCAUGAGGGGCAUAUGUUUCCUCUGCGUGUCUUAGAAGAACUAGAUGAAUGGCCUGAGAAAACUAUCCGUCGACGUUUAUGGGUGAAUUUUAGUGAAGCCAGGGAAGUAUGUUGGCAUCCAUGGAUGAAAGAAGCAUUGGAUGUCUUUGCUUCUAAGGUGUCAAAGAGAAAAGAAGGGACUCAGAUAUACCAUUUCAAGGAAUUGUCGGAUGAAAGUAGUGUGGUCUGCUGCAGUUAAGCCAGUAUUACUGCUAGCAAGCAUUCUUCCAUAAACAAGAGCCAAGGAGUAGGUGCCGCACUCUCUCUCCCAAAGUCAAAUAUUGAGUGAAUAGCUUCAUCUUAAUAGGUAGUAGUUCAAAGAUGAAGCUAGAAUCAGCGAAGAACCAAAAAUGAACACCAAAUCCAAGACAACGGGUUCAAUGAAACAUAAAUAACAAACAUUGUUGCACGAAGUUUGCAACGAAACGAAUUACUUCUUGGAUCAAUGGCUAUUUGAUGGAAUUUUUAAGAAGCCCGGAAUCAAGAAUCUCGAAGGAGCCAUUCGUACCUUAAUUAACAUGACAACUUGAAAUGCAGGGAAUCGACAUUAUACUGAAACAAAAUGAAGAAACAAUCUUUGGUUGCACUAAUUGAAGUAUUUAGCACUAGAGGAGAGGAGAAGAGAAGCAAAGCCUAAGAAGUUUGUUUGAUAGAUUUAGUAAACUGGUUAUCAAGAAGGUACUCAAAAUACCAAAGGUGAAAAGUUAAUUAUUGGGGUUAAUUCAUUUAGGUGUUAGGAGAAUUGUAGAAUAUAUGUACAAAUUUUUUUCCAACUUUGUAUUUAAUUCGUUGAAAUUUAAUCACUCAUUCUUUCACAA